GAGAGUGUGAGUAAAUGGCACUGAGUGUCCGCGGUGGAAAGCGAACCUAAGCGCUGCUCCGGGAACCGAUAAACAAACACAACAACAAACACCGCGCGGUGCGUAAAAAGCUCUCCAAGGCGCAGAAGAAGGCGAGAAGACUCCGACGUGUUUAUUUCUUUUUUUUAUUAUUAUUUAUUAUUAUUUUAUUCGUGUGUGCGCGUGUGAUUCAGGAGGAUAUCUUAAUUGGACAUGUGAGUUCUGGGAGUAAACAAGACAAGCAAGCCCCCACCCCGGCUUUUUUUCUUCCUUUUCAAAGAUGAAGUUCCCCGCUUACGUCCUCGCCACGCUGCUGCUGGUCGGAUCGAGUGCGGCACAAUCAGUUUGCCCUGGCACAGAGAACAAGCUGAGCACUCUGUCCGACCUGGACCAGCAGUACCGCACCCUGAAGAAGCUCUACGAGAACUGCGAAGUCGUCAUGGGCAACCUGGAGAUCACCAACAUCGACCGCAACCGCAACCUCUCCUUCCUCAAGUCAAUCAGAGAGGUGACCGGCUACGUGCUGGUGGCUCUGAACCAGUUCGACUACCUGCCGCUGGAAAACCUCCGGAUCGUCCGCGGCAACAAACUCUACGAGGGUCGCUACUCCCUCGCCAUCUUCCUCAACUACAGGCGGGACGGGUACUACGGUCUGAGGCAGCUGGGCCUUCACAACCUCACAGAGAUACUGAAUGGGGGUGUUUAUGUUGACCAGAAUAAAUUCCUUUGCCACGCGGACACCAUCCACUGGCGAGACAUCAUCAGGAACCCCCAGGCUGAGCUGCUGGUGGUGCCGUCCAACAACAGCAACUUGGGAUGCAGACGAUGUCAUCGCACGUGUAAUGGACGCUGCUGGGGCCAUCAGGAGGACCAGUGUCAAACCUUGACGAAGACGGUGUGUGCAGAGCAGUGUGACGGUCGAUGCUUUGGGCCCUACGUCAGCGACUGCUGCCACCGCGAGUGUGCCGGCGGAUGCUCGGGCCCCAAGGACACGGAUUGCUUCGCCUGCACCAACUUCAACGACAGUGGCGCAUGUGUGACCCAGUGCCCUCAGCCGUUUGUGUACAACCCCAUGUCUUUUCAGUUGGAGCACAACCCAAGAGCCAAGUACACCUACGGAGCCUUUUGUGUCAAGAAGUGUCCACAUAACUUUGUGGUGGACCACAGCUCCUGUGUCCGAGCUUGCCCCAGCAACAAGAUGGAAGUGGAGGAGAACCGCAUCAAGAUGUGCAUCCCCUGCACGGACAUCUGCCCCAAAGUGUGCGACGGCAUAGGGACAGGCAGCCUGCAGACGGCUCAAACCGUGGACGCCAGCAACAUUGACAAGUUUGUCAACUGCACCAAAAUCAACGGCAACUUAAUCUUCCUCAUCACCGGCAUCAAAGGUGACAUGUAUCACGGCAUUGGACCUUUGGACCCUGAACGCCUCAAUGUGUUCCGCACCGUGAAAGAGAUCACAGGUUUCCUCAACAUCCAGGCCUGGCCUGAGAACAUGACAGAUCUGAGUGUUUUCUCCAGCCUGUCCACCAUCGGAGGCAGAUCGCUCUACAGUGGAAAUGUUAUUUCUCUGCUGAUCCUGAAGCAGCGUUGGAUCUCCUCCCUCCAGUUUCAGUCACUUGAUGAGAUCAGCGCUGGCAAUGUCUACAUCUUAAACAACAGCCGCCUGUGUUUCUACAACACGGUCAACUGGACGUCGCUCUUCAGGACGUCAAGCCAGAAAGUCCUCAUCCGCAACAACAGGGAUCCAAAGGAAUGCUCUCUGCAGCAGAUGGUGUGUGACCGGAUGUGCUCGGACGAAGGUUGCUGGGGCCUGGGGCCCGACCAGUGUCUCUCCUGUCGAUACUUCAGCCGUGGCCACACCUGCGUCGAGUCCUGCAACCUCUUUGAUGGGGAUGUGCGCGAGUUUGCCAAUGGCUCCUUGUGCCUGGAGUGUGAUAGCCAAUGUGAGAAGAUGGAUGGAAACACCAUGACGUGCUUUGGACAGGGCCCGGACCAAUGUGUAAAAUGUCUGCACUUCAAAGACGGACCGAACUGCGUGGAAAAGUGCCCCGACGGGUUGCAGGGAGCCAACAGUUUCAUCUUCAAAUACGCCAAGGCCAACAAUGAGUGUCAUCCCUGCCAUGCCAACUGCACCCAGGGGUGCGUUGGACCAAGGCUUCAAGAUUGCGUCGGGAUGAUGGACAGGACACCUCUAAUAGCAGCUGGCAUCAUCGGGGGUCUAUUCAUCAUCGUCAUUCUGGCGCUCAGCGUCGCCGUGUACGUCCGCCGCAAAAGCAUCAAGAAGAAGAGGGCCUUGAGGCGCUUCCUGGAGACAGAGCUGGUGGAGCCUCUGACCCCCAGUGGAACUGCACCUAAUCAGGCUCAGCUGCGGAUCCUGAAAGAGACGGAGCUGAAGAGGGUCAAGAUUCUGGGUUCGGGAGCUUUUGGAACCGUCUACAAGGGCAUCUGGGUCCCAGAAGGUGAGACGGUGAAGAUCCCUGUGGCCAUCAAAAUCCUCAAUGAGGCCACCGGUCCCAAAGCCAACGUUGAGUUCAUGGAUGAGGCCCUGAUCAUGGCCAGCGUGGAACACCCCCACCUGGUGCGUCUGCUGGGCGUCUGCCUGAGCCCCACCAUCCAGCUGGUGACGCAGCUCAUGCCGCACGGCUGCCUCCUCGACUACGUGCACGAGCACAAGGACAACAUUGGCUCGCAGCUGCUGCUCAACUGGUGUGUCCAGAUCGCCAAGGGUAUGAUGUACCUGGAGGAGAGGAGGCUCGUCCACAGGGACCUGGCCGCCCGGAAUGUGCUGGUGAAGUCGCCCAACCACAUCAAGAUCACCGACUUUGGCCUGGCGCGGCUGCUGGACGCUGACGAGAAGGAGUACAAUGCCGACGGGGGCAAGGUUGGUAUGCCCAUUAAAUGGAUGGCUCUGGAAUGCAUUCACUACAGGAAGUUCACCCAUCAGAGUGACGUGUGGAGUUAUGGCGUGACCAUCUGGGAGCUGAUGACAUUCGGAGGCAAACCGUACGACGGCAUCCCCACGAGAGAAAUCCCGGACAUCCUGGAGAAAGGAGAGCGACUGCCGCAGCCGCCCAUUUGCACCAUCGAUGUCUACAUGGUCAUGGUGAAAUGCUGGAUGAUUGACGCAGACAGCAGACCUAAGUUCAAGGAGCUUGCUGCAGAGUUCUGCAGAAUGGCCCGCGACCCUCAGCGAUACCUGGUCAUCCAGGGAGACGACCGCAUGAAGCUCCCCAGCCCCAACGACAGCAAGUUCUUUCAGAGCCUCCUGGACGAGGAGGACCUUGAUGACCUGAUGGACGCCGACGAGUAUCUGGUGCCUCGGGGUUACAACAUGGCUCCUCAGUCACAUACCGCCAGACCUCGAGUUGACUCCAACAGAAACCAAUUUGGUUAUCGAGACGGUGGUCCAAACCCUGCAGAGGGCUCUUUGGUUGGCGCUCAGGCCAGUGUUGGCCAGGAAGCAGCGACGGGGUCCGGUCCGGCCUUGGAGGACCAGCGGUGUAACGGCAGCCUGCAUAAAAAGAGCCUAAGCAUGACCGGAGGAGAGGACAGUGGGGGCCAGAGGUACAGCGCUGACCCCACAAUCUUCCUCGGGGAGAGAGCGUCCAGAGGCGACACUGAUGAGGACGGAUACAUGACCCCCAUGAAGGACAAGAACUCCUCAGAAUACCUGAAUCCAAUUGAGGAGAAUCCGUUUGUCACGCGACGUAAAAAUGGUGAGAUCCACGCCUUGGAUAACCCCGGCUACCACAGCACACCGAACAGUCAGCCCAAAGGAGAGGAUGAGUACAUCAAUGAGCCUCUUUACCUCAACACCUUCCAUACCCCUGCUGAGCUCGGCCUGGAAGCUCUGAGAAGAAAUGGACUGCCCCUUCCCGCCCCAUCUUCUAUCUCAGCCACAACCUCAGGCUCCCACCUUCCGCUCACCAUCCAGACAAGUCUGCCACACUACCCUCUCCCCACAGCCCAGCCCUCUCCAUCUGCUCUACCCUGCCACCACGGCCCACCGACCCACAUCCUUCAUCCUCACCACACCAUCAAACCAACCGGACAACCUGGCAAUCCAGGUGGUGGCUCCGCCGCUCAGAGCCAAACGGGAGCAAAUGCCCAAACCCAGGUGUUCCAGUCCGGCACCCUGUCUACUCCGGCCACCAUAGGACACAGCAGCCUGCCAGCCUACCAGAGCCUUGGAGCAAUGCACCCUGGCAGCAUGCUGAAGCAUGGAGGACAGCUGUCAAGUAAAACCAGUGGGAAGAAGCUCAAGGUAACCUUCGACAAUCCAGAAUACUGGCAGCACAGCUUGCCUCCCAAAUCAUCUAACCAGACGGCGCCCGAUGGAGCCCAGGGUGGUUCCACGAAUGCCAAACUGUUCUACAAACAGAACGGACACAUACGGCCGGUGGUAGCUGAGAACCCUGAAUACAUGUCAGAGUUCUCCCUAAAACCUGGCACCGUCUUGCCGCCUCCGCCUUACCGACAGCGGAACACUGUGGUCUAGAUCUUACCACUUGACAAACUUUCCUCAAUACGUCUAGCCUCCGACAACCCUAACGUGCUCUUUGGGUCCUACGCAGAAGAGAUGACACGCCACCAGACUCUUGAAAUCAUGCACCAUGUGCUGUAGACUGUAGCAACAUCAGAACACAAGGGUGGACCGAACUGUCCAACCAACGAGACCCAACUCAGACUCAUGCUCCUCUACUAUAUCCACUCCACUCCAGUCCAUUUCUGUUCUUUACAUAGAGACGGCGCUCCAGAUCACAGAGAACGUCAAGGUUAUGUUAGUUUCCAGCAAAUAAAGGACACUUGACCGUCAACGAGCAGCAGAUACAUCGUGUUGUUUUGUUCCAUCCAUCGGCGUCAAAUGAAAUGAAUUCAAACACAGACCAGAACUCACUGCCAGCCACUGUGGUGUCACAUUCUUUUGGAGGAACAAAAGGUUUUAUUUUAACAAUGUUUUUGUUAAUGAUGGUCUAAGACGGCCUGAACAGCAAAUAUGAUCUGUGAGCAGUCCAGAUGUGUGGAUUUCUGAACGUGGAUAUGGAAGCAAGGAGAAACGGAACUUCAACGGAGGAACAAAGGCUGCAAAAGGAAUUCCACAAACUUGAAAACAGGGAGCAGUGAAAGCUGAUCAGUCUUUUUAUUUGUUGCCAGUAGGAUUAUACUCUACGUUCCUGCAUUUUUUUUUUAAAUAUCAAAUUCACUAAACUCAUCUCGUCUUUAUACUGUAACUGUGAAACUGUGAUGGCCAAAACUACAGUGAUUUCUGCUUUCCUGUUUGGACUUUUCGACACAUCCACAAAAACACUGCGUUAUAUUUGGAAAAACUGCUUGAAAAACAGCUUUUUUUCCAAACUAAAUACACUGUAAACCUAUUUCUAUACACUGGUUGCAGAGGCGAAAAUAUGGAUUUUUAUACACUGGUUUUCCCAUUCAGAUCAUCAUCAAGCAAGUUGUUAAUUAGGUUUAACGAGUAAAGCGUGGUUCGCCCUUUGAUUGGAAGGGUAGUCGGGGGAAUUGCGUAAUAGUAUCAUAAGACAAGCAGCUGAGUGAAUGGAAUAAAAUGGCGAUCAUAGAUUGAGGGCGAAGACCUUAAGGAAUGAUCAAGACAGCACCAGCAGAGCACAGAAAAAAACUUAUCCCUCUCUCUGUGUUUGUGUGUUUACAUACUGGCAAGUCACUUUGGUUUGGUCUCACAUGGCACAAUUUAAUAAUUAUGAAAGCUGACAAUUACCACCCCAGGUAAAGGCUGCUUUUGUGCUACAACACUUUGCAGUUUGUUUGCUCAGAUUGUUCAUGACAACUUUUGUUUUUUGUUUUAAUUUAAGACUGUUUAUGGUCCAGAAGUCAGAAAUUCUUCUUCUAAAUGACUCAUGUAUACACUGUAAACUAAUAGUUGCAAAAUGCUGCAAGUGAGCAUUGGAUUUCUUUCCGGUGUAUUUCAAGCAGGUCACAGUUAGAAAAUAAUGGUGGUUCAACACAUGACAGGUCUACUUUAAUCCCUUUUGACUAAAACCAUUUCUUCAUUGAUCCUAAUUUAUUUACUACUAUUGUAGUAAUGUGCCAAUUUACCACACGGAAUAAAGUCUAGCUGUGAUUUGUUAAUUUGCACUGGGUUUUCGUUCAUGACGACACACUAGUAUGUAGUCGGUGUUCGAUCAUUUCCUUUUCUUUUAGCCUAGAGGAAUUUCAUAAAACCUCACUUGUGAUGCCUCUACAGGCAAACUGCCAGUCACUGCUGCUAAAAGUACUGCUGUUACAGCCAUUCUUUCUCCUGCCAAGCCAUACAGAACACCUGUGGGUGAAGGAACCACCACAGUGCUUGCCAAACACAAAAAGUCAAGAUGAGCAUUUUGUCCCCGUUGCAGUAUCUCCCUGGAAUUAUGUGAUACUCCAGUGAAUGUAGUGGUGGUGGUGGAAAAAACCCAACAACAACUAGAUAUACAUUUUACAACCAUUAUCUACAAAACUACAAAACAUUUCUUCUGUCUCUGCUUUGAGAGCGUUUGAUCAUUCUGCCGUGGCACAGCUCUGUACAAGCUGUUCUUCUUGUGUAGGGUUAUUUAUUUUUGUGUAUUUAUGUGUGGCAAAGUGUUUUCGUCUGAGUA